CUAUUGUUUGACAUCCUAUUGCAUUUCUAACCCUCGCUUCACUUCAAUCACUUAAUCCAACCAACAAUGGAGCUACCCCCGGGCCUUGCAUCCGACGAAGCUAGCCCCGAAUGGUUUAGCAAGGCUGACAAUGCGUGGCAGCUCACUGCUGCUACACUUGUAGGCAUGCAGAGUGUGCCCGGCCUUAUCAUCUUGUAUGGAAGCAUAGUCAAGAAGAAGUGGGCAGUCAACUCGGCCUUCAUGGCCAUGUACGCCUUUGCAACCGUGUUGGUUUGUUGGGUGGGUUGGGGCUACCAAAUGUCAUUCGGUACCGAAUUGUUCACCUUCCUGGGACGCCCCAACGUGGCCUUGGAUGAGAAGUACCUAUUUACAAAAGCAUUCUCCGGGAAAUUGCCGAACGCGACCAUGAUUUAUUUUCAGUUUGUGUUUGCAGCAAUCACGUUAAUUUUGAUUGCUGGGGCGUUGUUGGGGAGGAUGAAUUUCCAUGCGUGGAUGUUGUUCGUACCGCUUUGGGUGACAUUUUCGUAUCCAAUAACCGCUUAUAGUAUUUGGAAUCCAAAUGGAUGGUUGGCAAAGAUGGGUCUUAUUGAUUAUUCUGGAGGGUAUGUCAUUCACCUUUCUUCAGGAGUUGCUGGUUUCACUGCUGCUUAUUGGGUCGGACCUAGAGCAACUAGUGACAGGGAGAGAUUCCCUCCAAACAACAUCCUGCUUAUGUUGGCAGGAGCUGGAUUACUUUGGAUGGGAUGGACUGGAUUCAAUGGUGGAGAUCCCUACAGUGUGAGCAUGGACGCAUCUCUGGCUGUCCUCAACACCCAUGUAUGUACUGCCUCUAGCUUGCUGACGUGGCUCGUCCUUGACAUUAUUUUCUUUGGGAAGCCUUCUGUGAUUGGAGCCACACAGGGCAUGAUCACUGGUUUGGUUUGCAUAACUCCUGCUGCGGGUGUGGUGCAAGGCUGGGCAGCAAUCGUAAUGGGAAUCAUGUCCGGAAGUAUCCCAUGGUACACAAUGAUGGUCCUCCACAAGCAAAGCAAGCUCCUGAAGCAUGUAGACGACACCAUGGCAGUGUUCCACACCCACGCUGUGGCAGGAAGCUUAGGUGGUCUCCUUACCGGCUUCUUUUCCAAUCCCAAGCUAUGUCGUCUUUUCUAUCUAGUUGACAACUGGCAACACUACAUCGGUCUUGCCUAUGGCAUCCACGACGGCCGAUUUAUGGAUGGGAUGAAACAAAUGGGAAUUCAACUUCUCGGAAUUGUGUUUGUGGUUGUUGUGAACGUUAUCAUAACCAGCUUAAUCUGUCUGUUGUUGAGGCUCAUCGUUCCACUUAGGAUGACAGAAGAUGACUUGAAAAUAGGGGAUGAUGCAAUUCAUGGGGAGGAGGCUUAUGCAUUGUGGGGAGAUGGAGAGAAGUUUGAUGGAUCUAAGCACAACUCAGUUUAUGGCAUGGAUGACUUUGGUGUGGCAAGUAAAGCUUAAUGUUGUGGGAUAAAACUCGUUAACAGAUUUUGGUUAUGCAUUUUUAUAUGGAAAUCUAAUGCAUUUAAAUAAAAUAACCGAACCAUAUAAGAACAUCUUCAAUAGAAGUUGAUGACCUAUGUGGCAAUUUGCUAUCUUGUAAAAUUUUCAUGAACAUCUUCAAUAGAAGUUGAUGACCUAUGUGGCAAUUUGCUAUCUUAUAAAAUUUUCAUGAACAUCUUCAAUAGAAGUUGAUGACCUAUGUGGCAAUUUGCUAUCUUAUAAAAUUUUCAUCCUCACGGACAUGUAAAAUAAAAUUACUUAUUAUAGUUGUUGGUGCGGAAUAAUUUAGUAGAA